AUGAUGGACAACAACAUUGACGCUUCUACACCACGUGCCACCCUCUACACCACCCCUUCCCCACCUUCGCCUCUUCACCUCUCUCCUCACUUUCCUCACACCGGUCUUGCUUCGACACGAUGCACGACAGCAGCGAGAGCGUCUGCCACCACCCUCCAACUUCCCUCCCCAACCUCCCUCAUUCUCCAUCCUCAACCUUACCCCACUUUGCAACAACCACAUCACCAGUCCCCACCUCCCACCCCCAUUCCCCUUCUCCACGUAUCCCCACAAAAUACCAUCACACACCCACACCCACACCCACACCCCCAAUUCGACGACAUCAAUAACUCAUCCCACUACCACCUCUUUCAAUACCCACUGAAAACGCUCCCCAACAAAUGCUUCUCCACGCCCCUCUCAUUGACCCUCACCACUGAAGAGAAAACACCACACACUACUCGACACCACCAAAACAGGCUCCGAGCCGACCAACCAACCACCUCACCUCCACUCCCUCAACCACUCCUCACAAGUGAUGACACCUGCAAUACCAACGCCAUCGCACUAAUCCAAACGCCUUCACUCUCCGCGAGUUCCACCGAUCACCGUUUGCGACACUGA